AAUUUGUUCAGGCAACCGGGGCGACCGUCAUGGCCGCGCCCUUAAGUCAAAAUUCUUGUCUAGAUCGCUUCAUGGCCUUGCUAGCUUUGCACCAGACGGUGGCAGGCGUGAUGUGAAUGCCAAAAGUCGCAGCGGCGUGAAAUAUUGUCAACGGAACUUGAUGGAACCGAGAUGAGUGGCAGCUGGCGGAGGGUCGUGCCAACACCGCGCACCCUCACCCUCUUUCUGGUACUGCUUGGCUUCGGACUAGUGCUGUUCAUCUAUCUGCCACGAUCGUUUGAGCAACGCCUGGUUCGAUCACCACGCCGAAGAAUUCCAGUGCUGCUAGCCUACGAAGGCGAAGCCGAAGUGCACACAUUCUUCUGCGACACACACACAACACAAUGCCCACGCAUCGAGUUCACACCUGCUUCUGGAUGGCAGGGAGGAAUCCCAGGCGUGCCCGACCUGCACCUGCUCUCGGCACACUAUGACACCCGGGUGUGGGUGCAUGGCGGAAAGAAUCGGCACCAUGUCAGGCUCCUCGGUGUCAUCAAAUCGGAGGACGCAGACUCUCUUCGCUUCUUCUGCCAGAUGUGGUACCAGGAGCUGCCACAUCCUAUAGUGGUUGAGUCCGAUCGCACAGAGAUAUGGCUUCCAGCGUGGGACGGGCGUGCACCGCCUGGCCGCUACUACCGGCCUUUCAUCUUUUCCUGUCCCGUGCCGUUCAAUGUCUCUAGUCCUCUCGGCAGUGGUCCAGCCAACGUGUCACUUGUUGCCGAGCCGUGUGCCUGUCCACCCAAUUCUUUGGCUCUUCCAAAAACUCCCGAAAAAGACCCAAAACGUGGUAUCGCGGUGUGUGUGAAGGGACUGGACUUUCCAGAAGACAUCUCUGCCAGACUGGUGGAAUGGCUCGAGCUCCAGUUCCUCUUAGGCGCUGACACUGUGUUCUUCUACAUCUUUCAGGUCCAUCCUAAAGUUGACCUUAUCUUACGUUACUACCGCCGGUUUCGUCGGGUCCAAUUCGAAAGGAUCCAGCUGCCAGGUUUGGAUGAGCCGCACAUUCCAGCCAAGCGGAGGCAGUACCUUGCCAACAACACGUGGCAGAAGCGCCGACAUGAACUGGUCCCUUACAACGACUGCUAUUACCGGCACAUCCCAACCCACGAGUUUGUCCUACUUGUUGACAUAGACGAAGUUGUUUUGCCGCGCCGACAUGCAACGUGGCAGGAGCUGCUUGACGACAUUGUCUCUGCAUCGCCCAACAUGCUGGCAACAUACGCCUCCUUGGCAGUGCCCAACGUUUACUUUUUUGACCACUUUGAGCGUGAGAAGAGCUGGUCUUGGUUCCUGAGUCGUGUUACAAGGUCAGCCAACUUCACACGACCAGGGUUUGCGGUGAAAAGUUUCUUCACCACAAACUCUUCCCUGGCCGUGUUUAACCACUACACUCUGGUCCCGCUCUAUGGGAAGCUCCAGCGAACUGUCCUCUUGAACAAGAAGGAUGUUCAGUUAAACCACUACAGGGCUAAGUGCCCUUUUGAAAUGGAAGUUUUUUGUAAGGAUGACUAUUUCCGUUUUACUGUGAAGGACAAGAUGUUGUGGAAGCUGGAGAGCAAGUUUAUGAGUAAAGUGCGAGAAACAAAGGAAGGUCUGAGAACAAAGUUUCUUGUUCACGUUGGAAAAGAGGGCACGUGAUGCCAUCGAAAGGUACUGGUUAGCUUAACUUCUGCAAUGCAGAAGUGGUGUAAUUAAGCAUUUGUCAAAAAGUUGGGCACUAACCAAGUCAAAUUAUACUCUCGACGUUUCCAGUGGUGGGACAGCUACUUGACCUUUUGGCACAGGCAAAAAUCAGAUUUAGAGCAACAACAAGCAUCUUGAUACAGUGUUCAAAAUGCACCUAUAUACCAGAUAUUGUCUCAAUUUUAACCGAAAUAGUAGUGAGUAGAUAUAGCGGAACCAAUGUUAUGCGCAUCAUGGAGGCAUUCGGACUGAAAAUUACCGAAGAGGUUCCACUAUUUUCAAUAGCAUGGCUUUCCAUGUGCAUAUAUUGCGUUAUAACGCUGCUUCCACGAUUUAGACUUACAUCAGAUGUGCAUUCAUUUAGCACGCUUCAAACAAGCAACAAGACCAUGCCCUAGUAUGCGUGCAACUAAACCGAAGUUACAGUGAAGACUUGUACAGGUUUUUCUAAUGUGCCAAAUCUCUCCAGCAUACAUCUAUAGAGUGUCCCAGCUAACAUAAGCGAAGAUGUUAAUUAAAGGGUAAAAAAAGCACAAUGUAAGAUACGAUUAUAAGACCUACGGUGUUAUAAUCGUAUCUUGCACCGUGCUCUUUUUUUUUUUUUCCUCUCUUGUAACAGCUUGGCUAACGUUAGCUGAGACACCAAGUAUAGCAGUGCCAUGGAACAUGUGAAAGCUAAAAUUAUAACCACGAAAUCUGCCCUUCCAAUCCUGCAGAGUUGCAAAGGUCUUGACUCAUAAGCACAUUAUGCAUAUGUCAGCAGUUUAAAAGAAGUAUUACAAGAUAUUUUUAAAAUUGCACCACUAGUUGCUAAAGAAUGUGCUACUGGAUAUUAUCUGAGGCUCCUUUUGAUACAACCUCCUUGAGCAUGCUCUGGGCCACACUGGUAGAAGAAAUACUGAUCUACAACGCAGACAAAAAGACCGCACAGCAGCAGUGCAUUCGAACAAAAGCACGGAAACUGCGAAUGGAGAACCUACGCUCCGCUGAAUUCCAGGAUGGCGAUAAUGAUGACCAAUGACAGCGUGCUUUAGGUUUUGAAUUCAGUUUUACUGCGGAGGCAGCAUCAAUGGAAGGAGGCUCUCAUUCUUAUGCUCCAUUUGGUGCAAUUUCCGCUAGAAUUGCGUUUUGGAGCAGGAAGGCCCAAAGGACCGCACUUGGCACAAUAGGCGCAGCUGUUCCAACACUGCGUUUCCAACUUCCAUAGAAAACCCUUGUUCACAAGAUUACAAGCAAAAGUUCUGCACAGAACCUGAAACAGCAGAAAAAGCCAUUUUAUGCUUUUGGUGUGUCCGUUUCAGUAUUGUACCCACGUUAGCAAGAUUGUGAACAAAGGUCCCACGAGGAAUCUGAAACACCAGAGUCAUAAUUUAACUUGGUCAAUGACCACGCUUUUUAUUCAAAGGCCAACUGCAAUGAAAUUUCACUUAGGCUAAAUUGGUUAUAAUUGAGUCACUACUAUAUAAAGCAAUUUUGGCAAAGCUGAAGGGCUGGUAGCUGUAUAAUUUCCUUAUUAACAGCCAUCAAAAAGCACCUAAGCAGACGUGCGCUUAAUGAUUAGCAGAUAUGACACAAAUCCAAGACCAAGGCCUCAAGGAUGUUCAGCAUACCGCAAAUGCCACACAAUCUUGAAGGUCAUGCCAGUUAGCCACGCUUGUUCUCAACGUUCAGGGUUGGUGGCAUUUUUCUUAGUUUCGGCAUCAAAAAUGUAUAUUUUCACUAGCUUUAUUGUGACGCAUCCACUUGUGUUCCAAAUGUACAAUUUUGCACAUAGGCUGCUUUAAACCAAUGCUAUCUCAAAUUAGGCUUUUCUUACGCAGUCCAAAAUUUUGUUGCCAGUUGGCCUUUAAAAAACGGGGAAUGUUUUGCUCUUGUCACUUUGUUAACGGCAACUUAUCAUUAGGGUAGCACUUCAAAAAUGGUGCCUAAAAGCUCUGUCACAAAGUUUGCUUUUCAUCCAAUCCGGCUUUGUGACAGAAGCUUGAAAUUUUUUUUGCAAUGUUAUCCGAGUCACAGAAUUAGGAGUCAGACUUUCUGUGAUAGUGAAUUGCAGAUUUGAUAGUCCUGGUGCAGCUAAAGACUUGAGGCAGUGACAAGGCAUCAAGCUUUUCUUAAAUACACACUCCACUUAUGAUAUCUCAGUCAUAACAGUGAGCUUAGUUCUUAAUUCCAUUUUCAUAGGUGCUAAUUUCAGUGCUCCAUGCAUGUGAGAAUGCAAGUUUGUGAGAAAGAAGUCAUCACAACAGAACACUAGCAUAGUGCAUAAUUUGUAAGAAAAAGCAAGAAUAUAUUGCCAGUUCAUGCCAAUACAUAGAAAAAGUAAUAAGAGCCUCUCAUUAGACAAACAACGCUAAUUCAAAAAAACCCUAGUUGCAAUUGAAUUCUAGAGACUGAUAUAAAAGUAAAAUGCCAAGUUUUUCAUCAUUUUCAUGUAAAGCCAGCUGUGCAAGGGGAGAAGUCCUACAUUCUCCAUGUGUUCAGACAGGAAAACCAGAGUUAGGUUCAAGACAGAGCUUCAAGUUCAUGCCACAGCGAUGGCUACAACCUCAACCAAGAUAGCAGUUUAUCAGUCACUGCAGUGUCUCGCAUUCUGCACUCACGUUUCUACAACUUGAGUGACAUGAAUUCACCCAGGCCUUUCUUGGCUUGGGUAAAUUGUUCAGAUGCUUUAUUUCUUUCUGAAUUCAUCAACAGUGGUUGACAAGGAAGAGAUGCCUUAGGCCCCAACCUUUUGACAAGGGGAUUUGUCAUCAUCAUGACAACAACUGCUUUUCUUUGACAGCGGUUGCACAGCUUGCUCUCCCCAACCCUCAAUGGGGAAGGAUAAGCGGUAGCAUCGAGUAGGGUGAGGGAAAUCUAAUACCCCGGUCACACUGGACACUUAAGAUUGUGAUCGAGCCCGAUCAAGAACAAUUUUCUCAAGAGCCAAUCAUGAUUGGCUCCAAGGUGGCCGAUCACUGUUGAAAUGUGAUCACUGUUGAAAAAUGCCCUGUGUGAAUAGGGUACAAAUGUUCAAAAAAAAAAAAGAAAGGGGGUGAAGGAGUGAACAAUACGGAAAAUAAUCUUAACAUAUAAACUGCCAUCGUCAACCGCAAUUCGCCCCCUUCCACAGCUUGCACAAAGGAACCAAUCAUGAUUGAGAAAUGCGAUCAUGAUUGAAAGUGUCUCGUGUGAAUGGUGUACAAAUGUUCAAAAAAUCCAAGAACACCUAAGGAUUUCUUAUGAGUUGUGAAUGCAAAAGCAUUAAUGUCCAGCUGAACGCCGCUCAGCAGUCCUUUGAGUUGUGAACUCCUCGUGGGCAAGCAAGCACACUGAGAUGCUUGGUGUGUUUUGAUUUGGCCUUUCCGAGGCACAGUCAGAAUGCAGACGAGAGCGAGGGUGACGUGGAAUUAUAGCAAUGCCCUCCCCCUCACGCAACACCUGGUGUGCUACCAGAGCAGCAGGUGCUUCCUUUUUGCUCGUUCUGUUCCGUCGAGGCGCACUCGUGCAUGGUGUCACAGCCAAUGGGAAAUAAGGCACCGUUUUGCUCCUACAGAUGACAGACGGCGGCUUUUUUGCUCAUUGGCCAUUCGACGCUUUCACAAUUAAAGAAUUAAAAAUAAAGGGGGGGGGGGGGGGGGGCUGAUUCCUUCGAGGAGUAGGGGUGAACAACACAGAAAACAAUCUUCACACGUAAACUGCCGUCAACCCGGUGGGCUUGUUUGCUCCCACAGAAAACUAUGUUCCCUUGUCUGAAUAUGCUCAAGUACCAACAAGUCCCCUUGCUGAAACUUUGGUUCCAGAGACAUCACUUGUUCAACCCACUCCUGUAGUUCUCCCUGUGUACCUUUGUCUUUUCUUGCUUCCGAGUUCUCCAUCAUGUUAAAGAAUGCAAAGUCACCUGUAUACAUCAGCAGACUCAUCCCGGUGACUCUAUACAGGCUCAGCAUUGAGUCAGAAUCUAAAAUUUGGCAUAUUAGUUUAUUUUUUACUGUAACUGUCAGAGUGAUAAUAUCAUGAACAAACUCCAUCUGACAUGUGCCAUUAUUCGCUCGCACUAGCAGAAAUGAUUUUUACAAUGGACUUUAUGAUUGUUAAGUCAUAAUUGUGUGGAUGCCCUGGGCAGCUAUUUUAAAUCUCUUCUACAGUGCAAAUAUUUUUUACCCAUGGCCAUGGAGCUCUAUGAAGUGCCUUACUGAUGUAUGGGAGCAGUGUUAAUACCAGUGUUUGUGUAGAGAGUAAGUAUAGAUCUACAACCAAGUCUAUGUCAUGAUGUGUAUUGUAUCUGUUUACUUGGCCAUGUUUUUUACUUUUUUAAUGGCAUGCCUUUUCAUGCUUGUGUGUAUCUCAUGGCGAAUGAAUCUCAUAUGUGUAGUUGUAAUCGCCUUUUAAUGCACUUUUAGCAAAAGUGAUUUAUGUUGCCUUUUUGGUUCUUGUUGAAACAAGCAGUGUAUGUAAAAAUUUAUGCACCUUUUGAAUAGACGUACGUGUUUACACA